AAUGUCCUAUUGAGACUUAGGACCUGCUGGGCCACAAGAAGAAAGUCCUGAGGAGACAGUAGAUUGCUGGACAAAUCACACCAAUUUCCCAAUGGAUUUUAUACUGUUGAUCAUUUUAUCUGGGGUUUUCCUCCCAGACAUUAUCAGUCUACAGCCCAUUGUGGAACAGUACCCUGGUGUGACACUUUCAGAUGAAGAACAGUAUUAUGCAGAUGAAGAAAAUAAUACAGAUGGGAAUUCUGUUGCUUUACAUAAAUUGGAAGAGAAUGAAGUGGACACUCCUGCCAAUGAGAAAACUGGCAAUUAUUAUAAAGACAUAAAACAAUAUGUGUUCACCACACCAAAUUUAAAAGGUUCUGAAGUAUCUGUGACUGCUACAACUAACCUGGAAUUUGCUGUGAAGAACUAUAAAGCCAGCAAACCAACUGCCAGUGGAGAAGAAGAAAAACCUACUGAAUCCUCUCGUAAAACCUCAACCCCCAAUGUCCCUGCAUUUUGGACAAUAUUAUCUAAAGCUGUAAAUGAAACAGCAGUGAGCAUGGAUGAUAAAGAUCAAUUUUUUCAACCAAUUCCAGCCUCAGAUUUGGAUAAUAGCAAUGAAGACAAACUGUCAGAGCUCGAGGAAAUCAAGCUCAAGUUAAUGCUGGGAAUCUCACUGAUGACACUUAUUCUCCUAAUUCCCCUCUUGAUAUUCUGCUUUGCCACACUGUACAAACUGAGACACCUACGUGACAAAAGUUAUGAGAGUCAAUACUCCGUCAACCCAGAGCUGGCAACUCUGUCUUACUUCCAUCCAACAGAAGGUGUGUCAGAUACAUCUUUUUCGAAAAGUGCAGAGAGCAACUCUUAUUGGGGCCGCAAUUCUUCAGAGAUGAGGCGAUCGAGGACAAGAAGGUCAAAAUCUAAACCUAUGGAUUUUUCUGCAGGCUCCAAUCAAACUGUCUUAACCGAUGAGUCAAGCUUCCUCCCUCCUGAGGAGACAAGAUUCCUCCUUCCUGAGGAGCCGGGUAAGGAGCUCAUCGUUGAGAGAGGCCAUAUGCAGGCAAUGAAUGAGAUUGAUGCCCAGCUGUUGUUGAACAAGGAAGGAUCACUGAAUAAUUAACUAUAAGUAUUUGGCUAUAAAAACAGAUCUUUGUGUGUCCCAUAAAUGUUCUCAUUUUGAUACUGCACAUUUCAGAGAAAUAUAUCUACAUUUCUACGUCCUAUAUCUACAUUGUCUGACAUCCCAAGGACAUAUUCAAUAAAAACUAUCACAGUU